AUGCCUAUCCACUAUCUGAUUCUCCUUUCGCGCCAAGGCAAAGUGCGUUUGGCAAAAUGGUUCACUACCCUUUCACCUAAAGAGAAAGCCAAGAUUGUGAAAGAUGUCUCUCAACUUGUGCUGUCGCGACGCACUCGCAUGUGCAACUUUUUGGAAUACAAAGACCAGAAGGUAGUCUACCGUCGCUAUGCCUCCCUAUUCUUCAUCGCCGGUUGCUCAGCCACCGACAACGAAUUGAUCAGCCUCGAAAUCGUGCACCGCUACGUCGAGCAAAUGGACAAAUACUACGGCAACGUCUGCGAAUUGGACAUUAUAUUCAACUUUCAAAAGGCAUACUUCAUCCUGGAUGAACUAUUACUCGCUGGAGAAAUGCAAGAGAGCAGCAAGAAGAAUGUCUUGAGAUGUAUUAGCCAGCAAGACAGUCUGGAAGAUAUGGAGGUCGAGGAGGAUAAUGUGACGAAAAUCAUGUAA